AGCCCAACUACAACAACCACCACCCCAACAACAACAACCACAACCCCAGCUACAACAACCACUACCCCAACAACAACAACCACUACCCCAACAACAACAACCACUACCCCAACUACAACUACCACUACCCCAACUACAACAACCACUACCCCAACUACAACAACCACUACCCCAACUACAACAACAACGACCUCUCCAACCACUACACCAACUACAACUACCACUACCACAACUACAACAACCACUACCCCAACUACAACAACCACUACCCCAACUACAACUACCACUACCCCAACUACAACAACCACUACCCCAACUACAACAACAACCACUACCCCAACUACAACAACAACGACCUCUCCAACUACAACAACCACUACCCCGCCUACAACAACCACUACCCCAACUACAACAACCACUACACCAACUACAACAACCACUACCCCAACUACAACUACCACUACCCCAACUACAACAACCACUACCCCAACAACAACAACCACUAGCCCCACUACAACAACCACCACCCCAACAACAACAACCACAACCCCAGCUACAACAACCACUACCCCAACAACAACAACCACUACCCCAACUACAACAACCACUACCCUAACUACAAUAACCACUACACCAACUACAACAACCACUACCCCAACUACAACAACCACUACCCCAACUACAACUACCACUACCCCAACUACAACAACCACUACCCCAACUACAACAACAACGACCUCUCCAACCACUACACCAACUACAACUACCACUACCACAACUACAACAACCACUACCCCAACUACAACAACCACUACCCCAACUACAACUACCACUACCCCAACUACAACAACCACUACCCCAACUACAACAACCACUACCCCGCCUACAACAACC